AUGUUGAUUAAUCUUAUUCAAGUUCAACAUAAUCUUGAACAUUUUCGGCUUGGUUUUCGACCAGAGAAUAACGGAUUUACAAAUCAUGUUACUCCACGUCUUCUUACAUCAUUAGCAUCUCAAGCUAAAUCUUUAAACACUGUUGAAUUUAAUAGAUGCAACUUUCUUGAAUGUGAUGAUUUAAAGGAGCUUGCACAAUGUGAAAAUAUUCGUCAUCUGAUAUUAUGGAAAUGUGUUGGCAUAGGACCGGAUAAGAUGCGUACAUUACAAAAUACAAAUUUUAGUAAAUUGAAAAGAUUAGAACUUUACGUACAUCCUGGAAUUUCAGCUGAUAUGGUGAUUAAAAUUAUUCGAGAAUCAAACAAUCAAUUACAAAGUUUACGCCUUGCUGGGAUAACACCACAAUCAGAUUUGCUUAAG